GAAAAUGAAGUUAUCAAUUUAUUUUAGGGAAUUUUAAGAUUUUAUAGUCAAAUAAUGAGAAAAUUAAAAACGUUUUGUGGAUUAAUAUUAGAGCAAGACUUAGCUAAAAAGGCUUUUACGACUGAAUAUUAAAUAUACUUUGCAUUCUACGUUAACUUACUGUACGUCUUUUAAAGGUUACGUAUCUUAAAAAAAAUAUAGUAAAUACUGAAUUUUGUAUGAAUAAACUAUCAAUUUACCUCGGUAGAGGUCGCUUAAUUUCAUUUUUCGAUAUGUAGUUUACUAGAACACAAGAUCAAGUUCAAGAAUUCAAAAUAUCGAAUUGAAGAAGUUUUACAGUUAGGCCGUACGCGUCAAUGGAAUAUAAAGAAAAAGUGACUGUAUCAGGUGAUAUAAAUUAAAAGUCAUGGAACUAAGUGUUUCUAUUAGUAUUAUUUUGAAAAUUGGUAUUCUGUUUAGUUUAAAUUUUACAGAAGUUCACGGUGGUAUAUGGAACGUUUGGAAUGUUAAUUAUUGGAGAUGUGUUUUGAAAAAAAUUUAUGAAUGUCCAGAUAAUAAUAUCAGAUAUUAUUUAUACACUCCAGAAACUGGUACAAAAAGACUGACUAUAGAUAUAAGGAAUCCGUACGCUUUAAAUUAUUCUGGGUAUGAUUAUCGCAAAAAGAACGCAAUCAUUAUUCACGGAUUUAACGGUACUGAGUCCCGAACACCGAUCACAAUUUUACGUAACGCUUACAUUUCAAGAAAAGAUUACAAUGUAUUCACGAUAGACUGGUCGACAAUAACGCCAUUUCCAUGUUAUAUAUCUGCUCUAUCAAAUACGAGGUUAGUCGGACAAUGUGGCGCGAAGUUCUACGCUUACAUCAUGGAAAAUGGAGGCGACGCAAGAAAAACCACUUGCAUCGGACAUUCUUUAGGAGCUCAUAUUUGCGGAAUGAUGAGUAAUCAUUUGGAUAAAAGACAACAUAAAAUUGUUGGUUUGGAUCCCGCAAGGCCCUUAAUUGAUCGUUACGCUAAUAAAUUAUUUAAACUGUCAACGGAAGAUGCUAAUCACGUACAAGUGAUUCACACGAACGCUGGAUUUUUAGGUGAAGUGAAUCAAGUAGGACACGUGGAUUUUUGCGUGAACGGUGGUAGAUUUCAACCGAGUUGUUAUGGAACUAGACUACAACGAGCUAGAUGUAGUCAUUUUCAAAGUGCUUGUUAUUUUGCACAGACUGUAAGAUACGGUAACUCAAUUAUGGGGAGACCUUGUAAAGGGGGGUGUCCAAAGAUGAACUCGAAUUGGGGGUUUUCACCCGGGAAACCAAUACCUAUGGGAGAAGAUACGCCUUUUGGGGUUACUGGAAGUUAUUGCGUGCAAACGAAUACUUUCAAAGAUUGUCCUUAUUUCCAGUAAAAGUGAAAUUCAAUGACAAUUAUAUUAUGUACAUAUAUUUUCAAUUUAUUUUAAUAACAAAUAAAAAUUUUGUUUUGUUUCUUAU